CUCAAAUUUUCAUUUUGGUACCUUUAUGAUAUAGGUUUAUAAAUUAUAAAACAAUUGCUUUGCUUGCCAAAAUUUGUCGUUUUUGGCAGCUUCUUAUUUUCUGUUUCAUUUUCUCACCCACUACGCCUCGAUGUCCCCGAUGAUGCUUCACCAUUAAAGACUGCAGCUUUUUACCCACUUCUGCAGAACAAGGAAAGACAUUCGAUAAAAGCGCGAAGCUGAUUAAAUUGAUUGAUUGAGGAAAAGUUCAACUAGUAAAGAUGGCAACUUUAUCUUCAGCUCAAUGGCGUUCCUAUUCCACUAAUUCCUUCCCGCCGUCCUCGUCGAACGGCCGACAAAAUAAUCAUCGGCUUCUCAGCUUGUCUUCUCCAGUUCUCAGGAAGUCUCCUCCAGCUGUGUUCUGCCUGCAGCAGUCUCAGGGCAAUUCUCGGCCUAAUGUCGUCUUAAUGGAAGAUGGUGCUGUGGUAACUCCUGUAAACCCAGCACAAAAAAAGGAAGCAGCUAUCCAGAAAUUGGAAGAUGGGUUGCUUUCUUCUUCGAGCAUCUCUACUGAGGAAUUGAAAGAGGCAGCUGGUUUUGAUGUUAAUGAGAAUGAGUCUUCUGUUAGUAUUACUGUGGUUGGAGCCUCUGGGGAUCUAGCUAAAAAGAAGAUCUUUCCUGCACUUUUCGCCCUUUACUAUGAGGGUUGCCUUCCAAAGCAUUUUACGGUGUUUGGUUAUGCUCGUAGCAAGAUGACCGAUGCUGAGCUUAGGAACAUGGUUAGCAAAACCCUCACUUGCAGAAUUGACCAGAGGGAGAAUUGUGGAGAAAAGAUGGAUCAAUUUCUUAAGAGGUGCUUCUAUCAUUCAGGUCAAUACGAUUCCCAAGAACAUUUUGAAGCCCUAGACAAAAAGCUCAAAGAACAUGAGGGUGGUCGAGAGUCAAACCGCCUGUUUUAUCUGUCGAUUCCCCCGAACAUAUUCAUUGAUGCAGUAAAAUGUGCUAGCUCCUCAGCUUCUGCAGCCAGUGGGUGGACUAGGGUCAUUGUAGAGAAGCCCUUUGGUCGAGACUCGGAAUCAUCAGCUGCUUUGACCAAAGCCCUCAAGCAAUACCUAACCGAGGAUCAAAUAUUCAGGAUAGACCACUAUCUGGGGAAGGAACUUGUGGAAAACCUAUCGGUUCUCCGGUUCUCUAAUCUCAUAUUUGAACCAUUGUGGUCAAGACAGUAUAUAAGAAAUGUUCAGUUGAUAUUCUCAGAAGAUUUUGGCACCGAAGGGCGCGGAGGGUACUUCGACAAUUAUGGGAUAAUAAGAGACAUAAUGCAGAACCAUUUGCUUCAGAUACUCGCGCUCUUUGCCAUGGAGACUCCUGUUAGCUUGGAUGCCGAGGACAUCAGAAAUGAGAAGAGUCAUACGAGAGGAGGAGUUACUCAUCCUGGAUAUACCGAUGACAAGACGGUGCCAAAAGACAGUGUGACUCCAACGUUUGCUGCAGCUGCCCUUUUCAUUGAUAAUGCAAGAUGGGAUGGAGUUCCUUUUCUGAUGAAAGCUGGAAAGGCAUUACAUAAUAGGAGUGCUGAAAUUAGGGUACAGUUCAGACAUGUGCCUGGCAACUUGUACAACCGAAAUAUUGGAACGGAUCUUGAUCAAGCCACGAACGAGCUUGUGAUUAGAGUGCAACCAGAUGAAGCGAUCUAUCUGAAGAUCAAUAACAAGGUACCUGGACUUGGGAUGAGACUGGACCGUAGCAAUCUGAAUCUUCUCUAUUCGACAAGGUACUCGAAGGAGAUUCCAGAUGCAUACGAGAGGCUUCUUCUGGACGCCAUCGAAGGGGAAAGACGACUGUUUAUUAGAAGCGAUGAACUUGAUGCUGCUUGGUCGCUUUUCACGCCAGUUCUGAAGGAACUGGAAGAGAAGAGGACCAUCCCGGAGUACUAUCCAUAUGGAAGCCGGGGCCCUGUUGGGGCUCACUACCUGGCAGCAAGAUACAAAGUGAGGUGGGGUGAUCUUGGCAUGGAGGAGUAGGCAAAAAUGUUCCAGGAGUUGGGAUAGUUUGACUCCUAGUUUGAUGAAGCUUUUUGUGAUACCCUAAUGUAUUGUGUACUGGUUAUGAAGAAUAUUGGUGAUAGACUGUUAGAUUGAGAAACCUAGUUUUUGUUUAUGUAUGUAAAAAAUAUUUAGUAUUGGAAUACAUCAAGAGGGAAUAUUGUUUUCUCAUUGUUAGUAAAAUCCUGAUUUUGCAAUUUUCUUAUGUAGUUUUUGCAGAACAACAAAUAAACAGUGACAGUAUAUUUGCUUCCUUGCUGCUGAAGUGUAAGAAACUA